AUGGAAGUUGGUAUACUCUUUACGCUGGUCUUAUCAACCCUUUUCCUAUCAGGUGCUAACUCAGCAACAUUCACAGUUACAAACAAUUGUCCAUUCACCAUAUGGCCAGCCACACUCACUGGAGGAGGAAGCUCACAAUCCUUUUCAACUGGUUUUGAGCUAUCAUCCAAAGCUUCAACCACUCUCAGCAUCUCAUCACCAUGGUCAGGUAGAUUCUGGGCCAGAUCUCAAUGUUCAACCGACGCAUCGGGCAAAUUCGUCUGUGCUACCGGUGAUUGUGCAUCUGGUCAAGUAGCAUGCAAUAAUGCUGGUGGAACUCCUCCAGUUUCACUAGUUGAAUUCACUCUUGCAGCAAACAAUGGACAAGAUUUCUACGAUGUUAGCCUUGUUGAUGGCUUCAACCUACCGGUUUCGGUAACGCCACAAGGUGGUUCGGGGGAUUGCAAAGCAAGUAGUUGCCCUAAUGAUGUGAACCAUGUUUGUCCUCCGGAUUUUUCGGUUAAGGGUUCAGAUGGAAGUGUGAUUGCGUGCAAGAGUGCUUGUCUGGCUUUGAACAAACCUGAGUAUUGCUGUAGUGGAGAUUUUUCUACACCUGAUAAGUGUCCAUCAAAUAGUUAUUCAAAGAUUUUUAAGGAUCAAUGUCCUCAAGCUUAUAGCUAUGCUUAUGAUGAUAAAACUAGUACUUUUACAUGCUCUGGUGGGGCAAACUAUUCCAUCACAUUUUGUCCUUGA